GCACUGCGGCUGUCAGAUUCAGCUGAGCACUGGCUGAACUGCUGCUGUACGGGCGAGUUGCACACUGACAUACGGGCUGGCUUGCUUAUUUUAAGUGCUUCAAAUAUGGAUCAAGACAACAACUCAGAGGAUGAGUCAAUUGGCCCAUCGGAGGACCCUUCAGGAGAGGAACUGCCUUGUCUACCUCCAGGGCUCUCGGAUGGUGACACAAUGGAGCUGCUUUGGCAGAUGAGAUCCCAGCGCCGCCAGUCGUCCCCUGAGCUCCCAGAGACGGUGACCCUUCUAACGGCCCCUGACGGCAGCCUCCUAUACCUGGUGGGCACUGCCCACUUCAGUGACAGCAGCAAAAAAGAUGUUGCCACGACGAUCCGCGCUGUGCAGCCAGACGUGGUGGUGGUGGAGCUGUGCCAGUACAGGGUCUCCAUGCUGAAGAUGGACGAGAAUACACUGCUGAGGGAAGCCAAAGACAUCAACCUGGAUAAGGUUCAGCAGGCCAUCAAACAGAAUGGGCUGAUGUCCGGCCUCAUGCAGAUUCUCCUGCUCAAAGUUUCAGCUCACAUCACAGAGCAACUGGGCAUGGCUCCUGGAGGAGAGUUUAGGGAGGCCUUUAAAGAGGCUGGACAAGUGCCGUUCUGUAAAUUUCACCUUGGGGACCGGCCGAUCCCCGUGACGUUCAAGAGAGCCAUUGCAGCUCUCAGUCUGUGGCAGAAGGCCCGUCUGGCGUGGGGUCUUUGCUUUCUGUCAGACCCAAUCAGUAAAGAGGAUGUGGAGAAGUGCAAACAGAAGGACCUGCUGGAGCAGACCAUGUCAGAGAUGAUCGGCGAGUUUCCUGCUCUCCACCAGACCAUCGUGGCUGAAAGAGACAUCUACCUCACGCACACGCUCCGCCAGGCUACACGCUGUGUGGAGGCACCCCAUAAUGCCCAGAAAGUGCCUGCUGUGGUGGUGGGAGUUGUAGGGAUGGGUCACGUCCCUGGCAUCGAAAGAAACUGGGAGAAGCAGCUCAACAUAACUGAAAUCAUGAGUGUUGAACCUCCCUCACGUUUUGGCUUGGUGCUGCGCACGGUCAUAAAGGGCGUCAUGAUGGGAAUGCUGGGAUAUGCCUGCUACCGUGCUGGAGGGAGUUUAGGCAGAGCGCUGCUGUCUUUACCUGCAGUCGAAUCUUUACUGGAGAAUCUGCGGCCACCCCCUGCUCUAAGCCAACAGUGACACGACCUUUUGACCUAUCAAAACAAUGCAUUUUUCACCAAUGGCCUUAAAAACAGGAAGUGAGAUGGGAGGAAAGGUUUCACCAGCCCAACCCAUGAACUAUCAAGGACCUCAGGGGGUUAGGAGCCUCCCGCCUCAUAUCGAUGUCCCUGUACACGCAGCAGGGCCGUACUGCCAAAGAAAUCAUGACAGUACUCUUUAUUUUCUUUCAUUUUUCUUUUUUUGCAAAUCCUGCAAUUUGUAAGGUUUACAAAUGCCAAUAAUUCAUUUUUGAAUAGAUUUACUUUCCAUAGACAGUUUUUAUUUGUCAAAUAUUAUCGGAUUUGUUUUCAGUCACAUAAUGUCUGGGAUAUGACCGAGACAUAUUCCGACAGGCACACUUUUCUAACGCUGUCUCCUUAUUCCUUCCUCCUUUUUGGUGCCAGCAAGCAGUUUUGGUAAUAGGCCCAUUUUAAGAUCAGCACUUUAUAAGAGAGUAUUGUACUGUACAUGCAGCCUAUGGGAGGGUGAAGAAAAUAAAAUAUCAAGUCAGUCAAAACUAAACUCAUAAAUCAUGAGCAUAAUCUAAGACUGGUGCAUAAAGUGACCCUUAAGGUGUGAGUUAAAUGUAAAAAUACAGUCCGAGUUGGAAUGCUGACCAUCAUUUUCCUAACUCUUAAAAAUCUAUUAUAUUCUCCAAAACGUACGUAAAACACAAUUAUUUCCCUUGUGCACAGUCCUGCCCACAGUAACAGACAAGUGCCUCCUAUUGCAGCACUAAGGGCUAACGGUGAACUAAAUAGAAUGGCAAAAAUGUGUUGUAUGCAUCUUACAUAUACUACAACUAAAUGGUCAAUGCAAUUUUCUAAUAUUCUGUCUUUAUAUAAUAGGCCUAUUUUAUGAAUACUGUUGCCCUAAAUAUGGACCAUUGACUUUGUGUUGUCUUGGCUUCAGUUAUAAUGGCACCAUAGCCCUUCAUUUUAUGAUCACUCAUACAUUCAACAGAGACCUGACGCAGGUAGGGCUUAAAUGUGCCUCAGGAUGAGCAAUGCAUUUAUCUUGUCAUUUGUAUAUUUGAUUGUACCUCCGAUAUGAGGCACUCUCACAUGUUGGCUUUAACUGGCUCCAUCUGUGAGUAAGGGUUCAUAGUUGACACAAAAAUAUGCAUCUUGUACAGAAAGAUGAUGAGAUUGGUCAAAGUUGGGAGGUAAAGCCUUACACUGCUAUCACUGCUGCCUUUGACCUUCAGAUUGCCUCAUCUGCUGAGGCUUUAUGUUACCAACGCUGACAUGUAUCCAUACGGAGCUUCGUAUUGCAUGUGUAAAAAUGAGCUAUAUGACAUCCCUGCAGCUUUGGUAUGUAAGCGAUGUACCAAUAAUGUAAUAGUAUAUACUUGGUUGCAAGCCAAUAAACCAACAUCAAUUUCCAGUUAUUCACAAUCUUAUUUUAAGUGAUUUCAUGUACAGUACUGGAAUUAUUUGGAUGUGUUUAUGAGCGACAUGAAAGCUGUUUAUUUGCUGUCUUUAAUUUGUGAAAUGGUCCAUAUAACUAAUAUGGAACUUGAGUAAAUGAAGCAGUGCCACAAACAUUAAGUUGUCCAUUAAACUUACUCAGAUAACCUGUCUUCCAAUUGAUAAAUCAAUUAUAUUGUCUAAGUUAGA